GCGAGGUUUUCCCUUUCCGGACCCCGCUGUGUCUUCAGGGCGCAAUGGGAAAGAGGGAGCCCUGGCGCCGAGUCCGCUCGCUCGCCUCCCGUUCCCGUGCCCCUGCGCGCGGCCCGCCCGCCGGCCGUGGAGCCCCGGCUGGACAGCCUGCGGGCUCAGGACGGCCUCCGGUGCGGAGGCCGAGCCGGACUGGAGGUUGGGGCACCUGGUUUCCCGAGCCGCGUGGCCUUGGGAGUCACCGUCCCAGCCCGCCCUCCUCAGGGAGCAGCCCCGAAAUCGCUGGUUGAUGGGGCCGGGGGAGGGAGGUGGACCCCAAGCCUAAUCGACCCAGAUUCCUCCGGAGAGGCUGUAAAACCACGUCGUAGCGGCCUCGUUGACAGCGGACAAAGAGAGCGAAGUGUCUGGGGUUCUUGGUCUUCCACAAUGGGUGAGCCACAGCAAGUGAGUGCCCUUCCGCCGCCUCCAAUGCAGUAUAUCAAGGAGUAUACGGAUGAAAAUAUUCAGGAAGGCUUAGCUCCCAAGCCUCCACCUCCAAUAAAAGACAGUUACAUGAUGUUUGGCAACCAAUUCCAAUGUGAUGAUCUUAUCAUCCGCCCUUUAGAAAGUCAGGGCAUUGAACGGCUUCAUCCUAUGCAGUUUGAUCACAAGAAAGAACUGAGAAAACUCAAUAUGUCUAUCCUUAUUAAUUUCUUAGACCUCUUAGAUAUUUUGAUAAGGAGCCCUGGGAGUAUAAAACGAGAAGAGAAGCUAGAAGAUCUUAAGCUGCUUUUUGUACAUGUACAUCAUCUCAUAAAUGAAUACCGACCCCACCAAGCAAGAGAGACCCUGAGGGUCAUGAUGGAGGUACAGAAACGUCAACGCCUUGAAACAGCUGAGAGAUUUCAGAAGCAUCUGGAAAGAGUCAUUGAGAUGAUUCAAAAUUGCUUGGCUUCCUUACCUGAUGAUUUACCCCAUUCAGAAGCAGGAAUGAGAGUAAAAGCUGAACUAAUGGAUGCUGAUGAUAGCAACAAUUGUACUGGACAGAAUGAACAACAAAGAGAAAAUUCAGGUCAUCGGAAAGACCAGAUUAUAGAGAAAGACGCUGCCUUAUGUGUUCUAAUUGAUGAAAUGAAUGAAAGACCGUGAAGGAUGUUUUUUUGUUGUUUUUCUUUUUUCCUUUCAGUAAAUAGCAUCAUAUGUUUGUUACUUUGCUCUUAGGGAGUCUUAAAAGAGAUUUAACUAAGAGUUAUGUGAAGAGCCUAACUCUCCAACUUGAUUAAUUAUGAGAUGUCACGGGCAGUAAUAUCACUUUACAGCAAACAUAGGCAAAUGAAUAUGACUACAUUAAGAGUAAUCAAUUUAGCUCUGGCUAGUGUGGCUUAGUGGGUUGAGCACUGGCCUGUGGACUGAGAGGUCACUGGUUUGAUUCCCAGUCACGGCACUUGCCUGGAUUGUGGGCCAGUCCCCAGUUUGUGCAAGAGACUACUGACUGAUGUUUCUCUUGAACAGCAAUGUUUCUCUACCUUUCCUUCUCCCUCAUUUACCCUCUAAAAAGUAAAUAAAUAAAAUAUAUUUUUUAAAAAGCUUAAUCAACCUAAAAAGCAAAGUACUGCUGUUGUGUGGAACAUUCCCGUUGCAGUAAAUGUUGAAGAUAAUAUUUAGUAAUAGCAAACUUUCACUCUGGAAAAGUAGACUGGUUGUUUGCUUUAAGAAUGAGAAUGAUAAAUAAAUGAUAUCAAGCUGCAUAAAUAUAUUAUGAAAUCUUUAUAUUUUACUUAAAAUUUGCUUAAUCUCUAAAACAUCAUUUUAAUAUGUUAAAGAGGAACCCCACAGAGUUAAAAAACAGCAAUUUGUCCUCUUGACUCCUCCUGUGAACACACUAUCUUGGCUUCUUGUCCCUAUCCUGAAUGGGUCCCCUAACUUUCUUUAGUCAUUUAUAUAAUAUGUCUUUUGAUCACUUUUGGUUGCAACCAUUCCUUUUAGUAAUAAAAAUGUUUAUGUGA